ACACACACACACACACACAGGACUGAAGUGCGUCUGCUCAGAGCCCCAGAGGAAGAGGGAAGCAGUGAGCAGCUGGAGUUUCUCUACGGCUCCUACAGCUCACCAAUGGCUCAGUCGGCGGGCAGCAUGGACUCGGAUCUGGCCAGCAAGCGGCUCCACUCGAGGAUGGAGGCAUCUUGUCUGGAGUUAGCGCUGGAGGGGGAAAGACUGUGUAAAGCAGGAGAUUUUAAAGGUGGUACAGCGUUCUUUGAAGCAGCUGUUCAGGUAGGAACAGAAGAUCUCAAGACCCUCAGUGCCAUUUACAGCCAGCUGGGCAACGCUUACUUCUACCUGAAGGAGUAUGGCAAAGCCCUGGAGUACCAUCGCCAUGACCUCACGCUCGCUCGGACGAUCGGGGACCGGAUUGGGGAAGGCAAAGCCAGCGGAAAUCUGGGAAACACUCUGAAGGUUUUGGGCCGCUAUGAUGAAGCUGCUGUGUGCUGUCAGAGACACCUGGACAUUUCUCAAGAACAAGGAGAUAAGGUCGGCGAGGCCAGGGCUCUGUAUAACAUGGGGAACGUGUUUCAUGCCAAAGGAAAGCAGCAGCUCUGGGGAGUCUCACAGGAUCCUGGAGAGCUUCCUCCUGAUGUCAGAGACACGCUGCAGCGAGCCACAGCCUUCUACGAGAUGAAUCUGUCUCUGGUUAAGGAGUUGGGAGACCGAGCAGCACAGGGAAGAGCCUUCGGUAACCUUGGUAACACUCAUUACCUUCUGGGUAAUUUUGUCGAGGCCAUCAAGUUCCACAGAGAGCGUCUCUCCAUUGCAAAGGAAUUUGGCGACAAGGCCGCUGAGCGCAGAGCAUACAGUAACCUAGGCAACGCUCUCAUUUUCCUGAGCCAGUUCAAUGCAGCCACAGAGUAUUACAGGAAAACCCUGCAGCUCUCUAGGCAGCUGAAGGACCAGGUGAUGGAAGCUCAGGCGUGUUACAGUCUGGGGAACACAUACACAUUGCUGCAGGAGUAUGAACGUGCCAUAGAAUAUCACCUCAAACACCUCCUCAUAGCUCAGGAGCUCAACGACAGGGUCGGGGAGGGCCGGGCCUGCUGGAGUCUGGGUAAUGCUUACGUGUCGUUGGGAAAGCACCGUCAGGCUCUUCAUCAUGCCCGGAAACACCUGGAAAUCUCCAGAGAGAUCGGAGACAGGAAUGGAGAGCUGACGGCCAGGAUGAACGUGGAGGAGCUGAUGGAGGCUCUAGGGGUGAAGGAAGCGGAUCUCUCUCCGUCUGAAUCGGAGUUUAAAGUGCAGGGAGCCAGACCUAAGUUCAUCAAGAAAACCAGCAUGGAGAGUGUGGACCUGUGGAAAUACAGCUCUGAAAAGAAUGGAGAUGCACCAGAUGUUGAUGGCAUAUCAAGAAGGUCGAGGAACCAGCUGUCUCUGUCUAGCAGAAGCAAAAGUUACACAGAAAGUCAGUCAUCAGAUGAGAGACAUUGGCUCGACUCACCUGUGGACACGGAUGAUAUCACUGUUCAUGUCACACCUCCAAAACUGGCUCGUGACGCAUCGGAUGAGGACUGCUUCUUUGACCUGUUGAGUAAGUUUCAGAGCAGUCGUAUGGAUGACCAGCGCUGUCAGCUGGACGAGCCGCCCAAUGGAGAGAAUGCCGGAGGAGCGGAUCCAAACACAAUCAAUGACAUGAUCGAUGCCAGUCUGCUGACGUCUCCACAAACGGAAGAGCUCUUUGAUUUGAUCGCCAGCACUCAAAGCCGCCGCCUGGACGAUCAGAGAGUGAGCGUCAGUAACCUGCCCGGACUCAGAAUCACCCACAAUAACCUGGGCCACCUGUGUGGAGAGAGUGACCUGCAGGAGCCCAGCGACGACUUCUUCAACAUGCUCAUCAAAUGCCAGUCGUCCAGGAUAGAUGACCAGCGCUGCUCUCCUCCUGAAGGGGGUCCGCGGGCGCCAACCGUCCCAGACGAGGAUUUCUUUAGCCUAAUCCAGAGAGUUCAGGCCAAGCGAAUGGAUGAACAGCGUGUGCAGCUGCCGUCUGACGAACAGGAGCCGGAUGAAGACGACGGUGAGCCAGGGGCUGCAGACUCCUGAAAAACCUGGGGCCAAAUAACACAUGCAACGAGGACUGAAUGAGAACGGACGCUUGAUGGGGAGUGUUUUAGACUGACUAUUUCAUGAGAUGAAGAAACGUGCACAAAGAGACGCAUGUGAGACAUAAAAACACAAGUGCCAUCUCAGUAUACGGUGCAGAUUUACGCCUUCUGUGCUUUACAGCCAAUGAUCCAUGACGUUUGAUAGAGUUCAUACUGACUGGAGGAACAGAUACCUUGGAAACUACUCUUUGGGCGAAUUCACAUUUGCAAACACUGCCUGCACUGUUUCAGCACCUAAUUAACAACAAUAAUUCAUUUAAUAAAUCGGGCGUAAACGCUGCAAACUAAUUUUAUAGUUUGGUCUUCUGUUUUUACCAAAAUAUCUAAACAACGGGAGAGCUGAUGUACUUUACAGAGACCGUAGAGCAUCCAGAUGCCUAAAAAAAGUCUGAAAUGGAUCUGAAAGUACAGCCAAACUCCUCCUCAGAUUGAUUUUUUCAUGCAUUUAGCAGGCACUUUUUAACCAGAGUAACUUAUAGUAACAAAUGAACAAAAUUAAGAGAUCGUUCACCCAGAAAGGAAAGUUUGCUGUUAAUUUACUCAUUCUCAGGCCAUCCCAAGACAUGGAGGACUUUUAGCUGAAACCAUGGUGAUUCUCAACAUUUUAUUCUUUGUGAAUUAAAAAAAGGCACUACUUAACAAUAUUUUGAGGUCUUAUGAAGCAAAACGGUCGGUCUGUGCAAAAAACUGAACAUUAGUUACAGCAUUAUCAGCUGUAAUUCAGAGCCUUAGGCCUGAUGUCAAAGCAUUCUUCUGAACCUGUUUUUUGUUUUUAAACUAGUUCACAGCCUGAGCAGCACAGAUCUACUCAAUCAAAAUUCACUUUUGCGUUAAUCUUACUAUGCAUGAACUCAUUCAGCGCUCCAGUUCCUCCAACCCUCACUAAACGGAGGAAACUGUUUGUCUUGGACAUACAUACUGGUGAAUUGGCAGAAAAGAAUCAUGGGGCGUUUGUUCAAAAAGUUAAUCUGGGUCAGAACGAUGUGAAUUUGGAUAUUCCAUGUUUUUUUCCAGGAUCAGGAAGCCAAUCUUUAUUUUGUGUCAGUUUUUAAAAGCAAAGUUGAAUUGGAUCACAUUGGAGAAGAUACUUUUCCAGAUUUCCAAAUCUGAAAAUUUUACCAUUACUAAGGAUUUUUUUAAAACAGAUUACUAGUGAUCUAAUACUAAAAAUUAAAUAUUUCCAUCCUUUGUCCCCCAGUUUUUCUGCUUGCCUGAGGCUCGGGAUUACGUGCAAUAAUUUUACGAAUAAAGUUCAGUUUGGAUUGUUUUACUUCAGAGGCCUCGAUGUAAUAGUCAAGAGUCACAGGUAGUAAUUUUGUGUUGUCCGAUAUGCUGUUUUUGCCUCAAAGUGACACUAGCCAUUCACUUGAAUUUAUGAAUCGUUAUGGUUUCAGCAAAAAAAGUAAAUACAUAAAAUAAAAUAAAAAUUUACUUUACUGCACUGGUCAAACAAAGCCACCUACAUCCUGGAUGACCUAAAAUGCAUUGUGGCGUUUGGGGGAACUAUCCCUUUAAGCUCCACUGAUGGUCUGCUUUGUCCAGGCAGUAAUAAAGCAGUAGUUAGCUAAUAGUAUCAAGCAAAUGCUGCUGACCUUUGUAUCUGGCUAUAAUAAGCCUCAUAUCAGCACCAGGUUAAGGUGGAUGGAGGGUAGAUAAUGCGAUGCGGUGCUGGUGUUAAGUGAAUUCGCCCUGCUGUUUCCCUCGCCAGACUUUCAGAUCAAGCUUCUCAUUGUCACGUGCUUCUCGUCUAUUGCCUUAAUUAGACCUGCAGACUCUGAUUGUAUUCUUUGAUAUCGUGUUUUCUGAGCUCGUCAGCAGUAUUUGGUCCGUGUCCAUUGACAGUAUUCCCAGUGUCGCACAGCCGCCGCUGUAUCUUUCACUUACUUAAAUCGCAAGUGCAUUUUGGUUCGGCUUUAACCGUUUAGCUGCUGACAGCGCUGUAAAAAACUAUUUCUAAACAUUAGGGCUGCUUUACGUUCCUAUUUGUUUCUUUCGAAUUGAAGAUGCUGUUGUAACUCCGCAGAUGUAUUUAUUGAAAGUGUUGAGAAAUCUGUAAAAACAAACAAAAAUAGACUGUGAAAAGACUUUUUUAAGUGUUGUUAAUUUUGGGAGAGUAUGUGAAUGUGCAUAAAAGCUAAAUGGAGUUAGCACUUUCAUGCUUCACAGUGCUUUGACUGAGUUGACCGAAAGCUUUUAGUUUCUAAUUCAAAAAAAGUGAUUAGUGAGUUUUCCAUAAUUGGCUCAGAAUCACUGAAUCGUGCAAACAUCGACCGAGUUACUUUAGUUGGUCGAUAUUUUAGCCAUUUGCGGCUGACUGAACAGCAGAGUAAUGCCUCAUUGGUGGCAGUUUCAUGUAGAAGCAUUUUGAAGUCAUUUUAAAAUGUGAACCGGCAGUAUUUUGGAAGUAGAACAAUUUAAAAAAGUUUUUUUUUUUUUUGAGCAAUUAUUAUUAUUAUAGGGAAUGAAAACAAGUCAAUUCACUGCCAUAUUGUGGUAAAAGAAACUAAGCAAAUGCCUCAAAAAUGUUAGAUUUGUUUUGUUAACUCAAGUGUUAUGCAUUAUGUAUAAUUCCUAAAUAUUGAAGAAGAAGGUACUUUUAUUUUUCACUAGUUAAAAAACUAUUCAUAUCGAUGGAUAUGUUUUUGACUGAUGCAUGUAUCUAACCCUCAUUUCUAAUAUUACUUUAUUUUACUACGGUGACCAAACCUUUAGCUCACUGACUGCAGAUCAAUAAUAUAUAGGAAGUAUGUACUAGAUUCAUAAUGGUACGAUGUAAUGUUGAUGAGGUUUAAUACGGAGCUGUAUUAUUAAAUUAUUAAACGGUAUAUAUUAUUUGUCAUGGUUUAACUGAAAUGAUUUAUAGUCCAUUUGAGUUAACUGUUUUCUCCCUGUGCUAUGAUUUGCCUUCCAUGUACUGUAACAAAAUGGUGUGAAUAAUAUGGAGUCUAAAAGCCUUUAAAAAGCCACUGCCCCAAUGUACAUAAUUGUUUUAUAUUUAUUUUCUGUUCAUGAACAUGGGAAAGAAUCCCUUACUUUUAAUAAAAUGUUGAUAAACUUGA